CCUUAGGUAUUUGAGUUUCAAAGGAUGUAUUCUGGGGGUUUUGCCGUCAUCAAUAGGUAGCUUGUCAUUGUUGGAAACUCUUGAUCUACGAGUUUCAAGUAAAGUAAUCAUAAUCAUUCCUAAUGUCUUGAGGAAACUGGAAAAACUUGUUUAUCUAUAUCUUCCGCUCUUGUUUAAGACGCCAAAUAAUGAUAAACUGUGUUUGAAAAGUUUGAAGGAAAUUGAGAUACUUCAAAACUUUGACACUGGGAUGUGUAAUGUUGCUGAUCUUUUUAAAAUGAAGAGGCUACGACACCUGUCUACGACUGUUGAAGGGAUUUUGGGGGAUCUUGAGCAGAUUGUCCGUUGCAUGGGCAUGACUUCAGAGAAUACAACUGUCUCCAUUAAGGUCAAAAACUUUGAAUGUUAUACAGAAGAAAGGCAUUCUGUUUUUAGAAAACUACUCGAGUGUAAGAUUCUCCACACCUUGCAUCCAUGCAUCUUGGACAGAUACCACUACACGAUAAAAUCACUACAAGCCUGACUGAGAUGGUCUUGAUAGGCUCUGAACUUAAGGAAGACCCUAUGGCAACUUUGGACAAGUUCCCGGAAUUGCAGGUACUAGUAUUGCAAGACAACGCAUUUGCCGGAGAGAAAAUGAUAUGCGUUAAAUCUGGUUUCAAGAAACUCAAACGGUUAGAGCUCUUGACUUUGCGUUUCUUAGAGGCGUGGGAGGUGGAGGAAGGAUCCAUGCCUGUGCUUUCCAUUUUAGCAGUUAAAAACUGCGGGAAAUUGCGAAUUCUACCGGAUGAAUUAAGGAAUCGUUUUCCUCCAAUCACAUUUGAGAAUGACAAUUAG